AUGUCUGCCCCCGCCCACAAGUUCAAGGUUGCCGACAUCAGUCUUGCGGCGUUCGGUCGCCGCGAGAUUGAGCUCGCCGAGAACGAGAUGCCUGGUCUGAUGGAGACUCGCCGCAAGUACGCUGAGGACCAGCCAUUGAAGGGCGCCCGCAUUGCUGGAUGUCUUCACAUGACCAUCCAGACUGCUGUUCUCAUCGAGACCCUCAAGUCCCUCGGUGCUGAGCUCACCUGGACCUCGUGCAACAUCUUCUCCACCCAGGACCACGCUGCCGCCGCCAUUGCCGCCGCCGGCGUACCUGUCUUCGCCUGGAAGGGCGAGACCGAGGAGGAAUACGAGUGGUGCCUCGAGCAGCAGCUCACAGCUUUCAAGGACGGCAAGAGCCUGAACUUGAUCCUCGACGACGGUGGUGACCUCACUGCUCUCGUCCACAAGAAGUACCCUGAGAUGCUCAAGGACUGCUACGGUGUCUCUGAGGAGACCACCACCGGUGUCCACCACCUCUACCGCAUGCUGAAGGGCAAGGGUCUCCUCGUCCCUGCCAUCAACGUCAACGACUCCGUCACCAAGUCCAAGUUCGACAACUUGUACGGUUGCCGUGAGUCGCUCGUCGAUGGUAUCAAGCGUGCCACCGACGUCAUGAUUGCUGGCAAGGUCGCCGUCGUUGCCGGUUUCGGUGAUGUCGGUAAGGGUUGCGCCCAGGCUCUCCACAGCAUGGGUGCCCGUGUCAUCGUCACCGAGAUCGACCCCAUCAACGCCCUCCAGGCUGCCGUUUCCGGCUUCCAGGUUACCACCAUGGAGAAGGCUGCUUCUCAGGGUCAGAUCUUCGUCACCACCACUGGUUGCCGUGACAUCCUGACUGGUGUCCACUUCGAGGCUAUGCCCAACGACGCCAUUGUUUGCAACAUCGGUCACUUCGAUAUCGAAAUCGACGUUGCGUGGCUCAAGAAGAACGCCAAGUCCGUCACCAGCAUCAAGCCCCAGGUCGACCGCUACCUCAUGAACAACGGCCGCUACAUCAUCCUCCUCGCCGAGGGUCGUCUCGUCAACUUGGGAUGCGCUACUGGUCACUCUUCCUUCGUCAUGUCCUGCUCUUUCACCAACCAGGUCCUUGCCCAGAUCAUGCUGUACAAGGCCUCUGAUGAGGAGUUCGGCAACAAGUACAUCGAGUUCGGCAAGACCGGUAAGCUCGAUGUCGGUGUCUACGUUCUGCCCAAGAUUCUUGACGAGCAGGUCGCUCUUCUCCACUUGGCGCACGUCAACGUUGAGCUCUCCAAGCUCAGCGAUGUCCAGGCCGAGUACCUUGGUCUCCCUGUCGAGGGUCCUUUCAAGAGCGACAUCUACCGUUACUAG